CAGUCAGUCACCGCUCGACUCCCGCGCACCGCGGAGCGUCGGAGCGUUCCUGCCAGCCAGCGUCUCGCGGUAAAGUGGUGUUUCAUUGUGCAGUGCAAUUAGAGUGAAACCUUUGCAGAGUGAGGAGCGAAGUCCUUCCCUCCGAGAAUAAGUACACAUCUUUCAUGGUCGUGGUUCGGUCGCCGGUGUGGGUCAGCUGAAGAGGGGCUCGACAUGGUCGCCAAUGACGUCUGCGGCACCGUGUCCGUCGGCGACACCACUCUGGUCCAGGAGGACGCCCACACCCAAGUAGUGGCCACCCCGGGGAACACCCGUGCCGUCCGGGAUGUUGUUGUCAGCUCGAGAGGGUCACUCGACAGCGGCCUGGCUAUCGCCCGAUACGACGAUGAUGAGAAUGACGCCUCGAGCGACUCUGCGUCUUCUGGGGGCAGUGUCGCCCCGUGGUCGUCGGAGGGCAGCAGCGGCAGUGAGAUGGUGGUCGCGGACAUCACCAUCACGGAUGGUAGCGCCAACAUCGGCAUCUUCAAGAACUACGUAAAUGUAUUCAUGUGCGAAGGGAAGGGCGAGCAGCUGACGGGCUUCCCCGGGGCUGAGGGCCUCCCCACCGCCGCCCUGAAGAAUGCGCAGGUGAAGGUGCAGGCGGCCGCCCCGGUCCCGGCGGGUCCCUGUGCUCUCCAGGACACAGAUAAAAAGGGGCGGGAAGUUGAUCAGACAGCGAAAUGCAGAGGACCUGUUGAUGCAUGUUGGAAUAACCUGAACAAGGUCUUGCGGUGGCCGUGGUCUAUUGUGCCCAGUGCAGCUGUGUCAGUUGCAAUUCUAGUCGUCAUCUACUUUACGUUGCUGUCACCACCUCAGAGCAACAGUAGUGACCCAACAGAUCCGAUCAUCCUCCCGAACGGAAUCCAGUACGCCAGUCGCAAGGUCUGGAAGGCCGUCCCCCCGAAACGUAAGAUGCCGGGGCUGACGUUGCCGAGCACGGCGGUCAUCAUCCACCACACGGCCACUAGCGCCUGCUACACCACGAAGGUCUGCAUCGACAUGGUGGCCGCGAUGCAGCGGUACCAAAUGGACGUGGAGGGGGCGCGUCGCGACUGGGCCGACAUCGGCUACAACUUCCUGGUCGGCGGGGACGGCGUGGUCUACGAGGGCCGCGGGUGGGAGCACGCGGGCGGGCACUUCGAGAAGGAGAUCUGGAGUCCGCAGACCGUCGGCAUAGCCGUGAUCGGCGACUUCACCGAAACGUUGCCACCAGAGAACCAGCUGCAGCAACUACGCAAGUUCGUGGCGUGGGCCACGACGGUCGGGAAGGUCGCCAGUGACUACAAGCUGUACGGGGUGUGCCAGCUCAAGGCCACCAAGAGCCCCGGGCUGCUCCUCAUGGCGCGCCUCAGGACGUGGCCGCACUGGGACAGCUUCGUGGCCAAGCCCAAUGUGUCGUGCACCGAGUAACAUUCGGGAAGGGGGAGGGGGGUCUGGGAAGGGAACAGGGCAUA